CGAGCGCCGAGCCGGUCGCGCAGUGGCGGAGCCGGGGCCGGGCCGGGACCAUGGGCGCCCCGCACCUCGCCUGCCUCCAUCCGCGGUCCCGCCCCUUCAGCCCGCUCCUGCCCGGCCCCCGCACUCCUGCCGCCUGAUUCCUGCCGGAACUGGAGCUCGCAGGAUCCCCCUUCCCCGGCUGUGGCGAGCCAGCUGGUCUCCAGAAGGCCCGCGGGGUGAACCCGAGUGUGGAGCAGGCAGUGCCCAGCCAGCCUCACAGACGUGACGUGACUGCGGACGGAGCUUGGCAACAACUCCUCGGAGGUGUUGGUGCCCGUCUAGACAUCUGUGCGAAGAGGAUCUAAAGCAGAGUGCCGUGUGCCCUUUCUCUGCACAUGCUGCUGAUGUGGUCCCACAGAGAAGCAUCUUCAGGCAGCAAGAAAAGCAGAACUCUCCUAAUAGAACUCUGAAAGGCCCCAAAGGCCAUCUGCUGGGCAGGAACACUUGAAGAUGUUCGUGUAAAGGAAAUGGAGCCCUUCCAAAGGAUGUGUUCCUGAUUCGAGGUGAAACCAUGAAGAGAAGAUAAAACAAAUAAUAAUGCUUUUCCGCAAUCGCUUCGUGCUGCUGCUGGCCCUGGCUGCGCUGCUGGCCUUCGUGAGCCUCAGCCUUCAGUUCUUCCACCUGAUCCCAGUGUCGGCAGCUAAGAAUGGAGUGACUGGCAAGAAUCGAAAGAGGAUCAUGCCUGACCCGGUGACGGAGCCCCCCGUGACGGACCCCGUGUACGAAGCCCUUUUGUACUGCAACGUUCCACGUGUGGCCGAGCGCAGCAUGGAAGGUCACGCUCCGCAUCAUUUUAAGCUGGUCUCAGUGCAUGUGUUCAUUCGACACGGGGACAGGUACCCACUGUAUGUCAUUCCCAAAACGAAGCGCCCAGAAAUUGACUGCACUCUGGUGGCUAACAGGAAACCGUAUCACCCUAAACUGGAGGCUUUCGUGAGUCACAUGUCCAAAGGAUCCGGAGCCUCUUUCGAAAGCCCCUUGCACUCCCUGCCUCUGUACCCCAGUCACCAGCUGUGUGAGAUGGGAGAGCUCACGCAGACAGGGGUUGUGCAGCAUCUGCAAAAUGGCCAGCUGCUGAGGGACAUCUAUCUGAAGAGACACAAACUCCUGCCCAGUGACUGGUCCACAAAGCAGCUUCGCUUGGAGACCACUGGCAAAAGCCGGACGCUGCAGAGUGGGCUGGCUCUGCUGUAUGGCUUUCUCCCGGAUUUUGACUGGAAGAAGAUUUAUUUCCGGCACCAGCCCAGCGCCCUGUUCUGCUCGGGGAACUGCUAUUGCCCGCUGAGGAACCAGUACCUGGAAAAGGAGCAGCGUCGGCAGUACCUGUUGCGUUUGAAAAACACGCAGCUGGAGAGGACCUACGAGGAGAUGGCCAGGCUCGUGGACACCUCCAGCAAGCAGCUCCGGGCCGCCAACCCCAUAGACGCCAUGCUCUGCCUCCUCUGCCACAACGUCAGCUUCCCCUGCACCAGGAACGGCUGUGUUAACAUGGAGCACUUCAAGGUGAUCAAGAGGCAUCAGAUAGAGGACGAGAGAGAGAGGCAGGAGAAGAAACUGUAUCUGGGGUACGCGCUCCUGGGCGCCCACCCCAUCCUGAACCAGACCGUGGGCCGCAUGCGGCGUGCGGCGGAGGGCCGGAAGGAAGAGCUCUUUGCUCUCUCCUCUGCGCACGACGUCACCCUGGCCCCGAUUCUCAGUGCCUUGGGCCUUACAGAAGCCAGGUUCCCGAGGUUCGCGGCCAGGUUGAUCUUUGAGCUCUGGCAAGACAGAGAGAAGCCCGGCGAGCACUCCGUCCGGAUUCUCUACGACGGUGUCGAUGUCACGUUCCACACCUCGUUCUGCCAGGAUCACCACAAGCGGUCUCCCAAGCCCAUGUGCCCCCUCGAAAACUUCGUCCGCUUUGUCAAAAGGGACAUGUUCGUGGCCCUGGGUAGUGGUAGCACUAAUUAUUAUGAUGCGUGUCACAGGGAAGGACCCUAAAAGGUACGUGGUGCGGCGCUGACAGAAUCUAUGCCCAUACGGAGGGAUGGGAAAGGUCCGCUUCCAGCUCUUUUGGUUGCUAAGGGUACAAGGUGAUUUUUAAAGGCCGGAAAUCAUGCUUGGGGGCCACGUAGAUUUAGGGUUGAACAGCGGAUAUGUGGCUGUAAUUGGGUACUUGAGUCACUUGGUACACGAUGGCCAGUUCACAGAGAAAGGAAGGUACUUUAUCAUAGGCAGACUUUGCUUAGGAUGCCAGAAUAAUGCUUCAGUACCCAAAGCUGCCAAUCCACAUAUGUGUUCUUUUGAUCCGCCUUGGUACUGUAUGAUGGAACCAGCCAACCUCAGCCAAAAGUUUCUUAAUCUGGGACAGUCUUACCUUGUCCUUGUUCAGUGAACAAUUUCCUGAAGUGAUUUAUCUAAAGUAGGGGUAGGCAAACUUUUUCCGUAAAGGGCCAACUAGUAAA